AUGUCGACCGGGAGCAUUGAUCAGAAGAUGGAGGUGGAACCGAAGGCGAUGGAGGCGCAUGAAGCCGAUGUCCUUCACGAUGAGGUCUUGAAGAACCCUGAUCUCCUGACCGAGGCCUUUGAGGGUGAGAACCUGGAGCAUCAGCAGGGAGUUUGGGCGGGUGUCAAGGCUCACCCCUGGGCUUGCUUCUGGGCUUUCAUUAUGUGCUUUACCAUCGUCAUGGAGUCAUUUGACAUGUUCUUGAACACCAACUUCGUUGCGGUCAAGCAGUUCCAGAUUACGUAUGGUGUCAAGACUGGACCAGACUCUUGGACCAUUCCCACUCGAUGGCAGAGUGCUCUCUUCCAAUCUGGUCAAUGUGGUGCUUUCGUCGGUGUUUUCUUGGCCGGUCCCAUUACCAAUCGUAUUGGAUACCGCUGGACUACUAUCUUGGCCUUGAUGAUGAUGAAUGCCACCAUUUUCAUUUCCUUCUUCGCUAAAUCCCUCGCCGUCAUGGUUAUCGGUCAAGCAUUUGAAGGAGUUCCCUGGGGACUCUUCAUCGCCAAUUCUCCUGCCUAUGCCAGUGAGGUCGUCCCGCUCAGUCUUCGUGGCGCCUGCACGGCUACCCUUCAGAUGAGUUGGUCGAUUGGUUCAAUCAUUGUAGCCGCCGCCACUUUGGGCUACAAUAACCGUCUUGAUGAAUGGGCUUGGCGUACACCUCUUGCCUUGCAGUGGAUCUUCCCCACCCCUCUCCUCAUUCUGGUCUUUCUUGCCCCCGAAUCUCCCUGGUGGCUCAUUCGCCGUGGACGCAAGGAGGAGGCCCUUCGAUCUAUUGUCCGUCUAGGUAGUACGGCCGAGAACGCGCCCAAGAAACUUGCCAUGAUGGAGCGAACUGUUGAGAUUGAGGCUCAAAUUGGUGGUUCCCCUACUCUGCUCGAUCUCCUCAAGGGUACCGAUCUGAGGCGAACGAUUAUCACUUGCUUGAUGUACGCCUCCCAGAACUUUGCUGGUAAUCUGAUUGCCAACCAAGCCACAUAUUUCUUCGAGCAGGCCGGAAUCUCGACUGACAUGUCUUUCAAGCUGAACCUGAUCAACUCGUGCCUACAGUUCAUCGCUAACGGACUCUCUUGGGUCCUUACUGCCUGGUUCGGUCGCAGAACCAUCUACCUAUGGGGUACUGCUGUCAAUGUUUGCCUGUUGUUCAUUCUCGGAAUCUGUGCCUCAGUCCCCCAGACCAACGGAACCAACUACGCCCAGGCCUGUCUCGGUGUCAUCAUCUCUUUCGUGUUUGCGGGUGCUAUGGGUCCGAUCUCAUACACCAUUAUUUCCGAAACCUCCUCUGUUCGUCUUCGUGCUCUCAGCACAGCCGUCGGUCGUGCCGCCUACUAUUGUGCUGAGAUCCCCAUGAUAUACCUGGCCUCAAAGAUGCUCAACACCACCGGAUGGAACCUUGCUGGAAAGUGUGGUUAUGUCUGGGGAGGUACUGCCUGUGUCUGCUGGGUGAUGGCCUACUUCUUCCUCCCUGAGCUCAAGCAUCGCUCUUACCGUGAGAGCGAUAUUCUGUUCAACCGUAAGAUUUCGGCCCGGAAGUUCAAGUCCACCGUCAUCGAUGUCCAAGACAACGAGUAA